GCACUCGAGGCUUUAAAAUUAGUUCCGUGAUCACAAUGCAGUGUUUGCAGAACCAAGUAGACCGCAUGGCACUGUAGCUUGCUCACCCCCCCGUCCUGAUCCCUUUUCAGUCACGUUCAUUCUGCUCUCGUUUGCCUCCCGUGGCCGAGGUUGAAAGUUUAACCGCGCCGGAGGGGGCUUCCUUCUGCCAGGAGGCGGUCAGAGUGUGCGUGGUCCAUAGAAUUGUCAACUUUCCAGUGGAAAAAGUCUAACUUUCGGUUUAUCUGGUGAAAUCGGUUGACAGAGGUUACACCAAAAUCUGUGACGCGGGUUAGGGGAGCGAGGCGCCUUAACGAUCCACCAUUUGCAGAGCCAUCUACAGACAUACCGACUGAGGAAACAGCAUUGGCAAAUAGGGUCGUGUUCAUGAAUUAGCCCACAAGGACCUCAGUCAUGACAUGCAGGGAUCUGGCACCGGCGCAUCUGAUGGGCCUCCUCUACCUCCAACAGCACACGACCCUCACGACAACCCAGCGAUCACUGAAGCUGUACGUUCACAAAUGGAAGCUCAACGUAGGCUCCAAGAACAAAUUGAGGUUCAGAAAACUCUUCAACUGCGAAUAGAAGCACAUGGAAAGUACUUGCAAACCAUCUUGGAGAAAGCCAAAGAAACUUUAGCUAGCCACAUGACUUCACCAGCUUCAAACCUUGACGCCCCACACACAGAAUUUGUCUCUCGCGAUCCUUCUCAUCCAUCGCAUCUCGGUGGAAUGAACCCUUCUGAGCUAUCCUCACAAGCCCCGACGCACCCAUCUGGUCGCACGUCAAACACGUCUUCCGAACAAAGACACGGUCUCACCCAUCUCAGUGCAAUGCAGGACCUCGGGGAUCGCGUCUCCAGCGUCGCUCUAGGCGAAAAAUCAUCGGCUGCGUCAUGUAGCCGGAGUCGCUCUCCGUCAACCACAUCCAAUCAUUCAACCUGAUGACCCUCCAAAGUCGGUUGUUAUGUGGAAUUUCAGCAAGUCUGAAUUUGGUCCUUAGCGCUCCGAAGAACUAUGAAUCAUCCCCCUCAGUGUUUUUCCUGCCUCAUGCACAAGGAUCGAGAUGAACAGCGCAUUAUAAACAACUGGACGGUCAGUUUUUUUUCGGGAUUGAAUGAGAUGAAGAAAAAAAAGACCAAAAAAAGAAAGAAAAGUAGCAGAAGGCAGCGGUAACAACUUGUGAUGGUAGAUUACGCGUUCUUUUCAAAGCAGUGCUUCAGUAUGAUAGAAGUGAAAACGAUCGCGCAACAAUUUACAAGGUAGAAAGACGCCAAGAACCUCUAAAAUCUUUAUGACUACGGCAGUUGCUCUCAUCGCAAGUUCAAUGUGGCAGCUACGAUCAUCGGUAUUGAGCUGCACAAAUCAGCCUUCAUUCUUGGAGAGUAGAUGCCUUCCAGAUCAUCUGUCAGCACCACUAUUUCUGAACGAAACUACGAGGCGGACUUUGUAGCAAACCCUUCUCUUCUGAUUUGUAAAUAGCGAGGGGUUCAGUGCAGGUAGUUUGAGGCAUUGCUAGUUUUCUGAGACCAAUAUUGUCGAAUUGAAUUUUUCACCUUCAGUUUUCUGGAUAAAUAAUUGUAGUAUGUUAAUCCCACGGUAUGUAAAGUCCUCAUUUCGAACAAUCUGUCCCUCACGUCAGAAAGUAUCAGGAGUCCAGUUUGCGAUGUUGUUGGUUGACAUUUAACCGCAAAACUACAAACUAUUUUAUGAUACAGCUACUUGCUGAUAAGGCAGCUGGGGACCGCUUCUAUUA